AUGCCUGCUGCGAAGAAAAGAAAAUCCCCGCUUCGAAAAAAACAAAACUCAAAACGGGGAGCAGAGGAGGUGGUGGAGGUGGUCAACCCUGUCAUCGGUCACCCUGAUGCCGCAUUCAACAAAUCUGAUCAAGACUCCUUGAUGUGGAAAUUCACCCAUAUCUUUUCAGAAGAUCAGAUUGCGCUGAUACUAUCUGUAUUGAAGAGAAAGCCAUAUGACGUAUCCAUCAAAGAUUACUUGAAUGGCUUUCAGAAAUCAAUCAAGUCCGAGGAAACACGUAGUAAUCGUAUGGUGGAUUCUGGAGAGUUUUGGAAGCAACAAUCCGAGGAACGAUUCCAACAAAUCCAACAAUUGAAGACUCACGUUGGAAUUCUGGAGAAGAGAUUACGAAGUUUUCCUAAGGUCCCUCAAAAACCUUCAGCGAAAGGUUCAGAUGGAGAUGAGAUUCCGAGCCGCUCUCGUUCCAAUACCUCUGCUUCUCAUGGUAGCCAAUCUUUGGAUCUCUCCGGGAAAAGAAAGAGAACUCACACAAUGGAUACCAUUCCUGAUGAAGACGAUGAGAUGGGAACCGAUGUGUUGGAGUACAGCAACCGUCACCUGAUGAUUGUCUCUUAUUUAUAUCAAAUUUCAGAAAAGCGUCGAUCCCUUUGCGAUAAAAAGAGGCUCCCAGGGUCGCAUGUCGAACCAAUGCCUAUGCUGUGCCGCCAGCUUAUAGGGUUCACCUGGGAAGCAAUAUACGAAUGCACUCUCAAAUAUGCAGACGUUCGAAAAUCAAAUAGCCGUCCCAAAGAUAUCAAACCUCUGACCUAUCUUGUCAAUGAAAUUGCGGGGAGUUACAAAAGAUGCGUCGAGGUUACAGCCGAGCAGUACAGAACUAUCAAUGGAAGAGAGCUGGUGAGGAAGGCUAGUAUCAUAUAUUCCUUCUGCUCUUUCUUCGACAAGGGUUUGAGUCAGUUGCAUAGUCUAUGCGUUAGGAAUGCAAAGCUGUCAGUAUGUUCAAGCAAUCCGGCACCACAACAGGCGGGAAUUCCUACUAAGAAUGAUGAACCUGUUAUGAUUGGCUUCACUGCAAAUCUACUAAUUGAUAUCCUUCGAAGGGUCAAUUGGCAGCAGGACAAUGAAUUGCAUGAGCAGAUCAUCGAAGGGAUCUUAGCGACCAUUCUAAAUUAUAUCGGCAAGCUCAUGUCUAAUAUCAUUUUCCACGAAGAAGUUGCAGCUUCUAAUGUCCCCGGAAAUAUCAGCUCUGGAGAGAUCUCUCUUCCGCCAACUACGAUGGAGUCCGAAUUAGAGUCCAAAUAUCUUGUUCCGAUACUUCAUGUUGCACUUGAAGUUUUCAAAGAAAAUAAGAUGCCAGGACCAACGGAAGGACUUGUAAAGAGAGAAAUAAAAAGGAUUCAGAAUACCUUCACGAAUAGUUUGAUUGGGGGGAACCUAAUGGCAUUAGCGGUGCCAGAAAGGAUUACAGAGGAACCACUUGAUAUACCGGGACUAGAAGGAUUAGAAAUGUAUGGCAAUGAGUGGACUAUACAAAGUGUUUUUUCCAUGGUGGGAAUGGAAGAUGUUGAUUUUGACGCUGAUGAUGAAAUGGUGAUGGGUUGA